AUUAGAGUGCAACGAUACAGAAUACGAAAAAAGCCGGGCUCACCGCGGAGGCUGUGACUGGCUGUCCAUCUGUUACUGUAACUUAGCUGCUGGAUGAAGCACCAGUUCACUUCACUUUUCAUCGAUAAGGGAAAUUACAAGCGAUAACCAACAACGUACAUGAUGGUGUUUACUUACAUACUGCUGGCAUUUGCUUUCUUCUGCACAGGGCUGUCUGUGAAAAUUAUCCAGCCAUGUGACAAGCAUAUGUUUGAAAGCAAUGUUCACAUCUGCCGCUCCGUUUUUAACAAGAGCAUGGAGACAAGCGGCUAUCAUGAAAGAUGCACAUGGCCGGCUGUAAAACGCAUCUACAAUACACUGAAGCUUUGUGUGGAUCACUGGGCAAAUACUUCUUUGUGUCGGAGUCGGGGGUCUCUGGUGGAUGACUUCUUCCAGGAGGUCCAUCAGAAGUACUUUGCGUCCUGUGGACAGGUCCAUGACCCUCCACUCACUACUCUGAUCAUGCUAAUAGCGCCAGGUGUCAUUGCCACGCUUUUCCUGCCCCUUCUGUGUAUGAAACUGACUACAAGGGAAUAGAGAUGUCUAUUGCUGACAAACGGACAACGGAGUAGGUUUUAGUUGCUGUUGAGUCAUGAGUCACAAGUUCACUCGUUAUGAAGUGUAAAUACAAAAGCAGUCGAAGUGUAUUCUGUAUUCAGAUGCGUUUGUUGUAAAUUGUGUAACUGGUUCAGCUCAGAUCAACUCUAUUUGCCUCGGAUUGGGGAAGUCGGUUUUCCACUUCAAAUAGUACCACAGGAAAUGCCAAACCUUGCCGCAUCAAUUGUAACGAGACGUGUGAUGAAAGAAGAAGAAUGGAGAACAAGGCUCUAAAAUUAUGUUAUUUUUCAUAAUAUUACGACAUUACUCUCAUAAAAUUACAAAUUUUUCUGGUUAGAUUGCAACUUUUUUCUCUUAAUAUUUUGACUUUAUUCUUGUAAAAUUACUCCUGAUUUUUUCUGUCUUUUUUUUUUUUGUUUUAUUGUGAAAUUGUAUUUGUACAAUGUGCCGUGGGCAUCAUAGUUAUUAAACACAUUUUAAAUUCAGUUUUACACAUUAAGAAACAAAUUCCAGGCAUACACUACACCUACACCUGCUCACAAAACAUCUUGACUUCCCCCUCAGGUAGCGACAUCAAACCCCUGUCUAUUUAAGUUAACAAAAAAUAAUGAAUUAUCUCAAAUUUAUAGCAGAGCAGAGAAAUACACAAAUAUACAAGGCCAUGAACUGAAUAUAUACCAGGGGUCCUUGUAUUUUCUUUUAACCUUUGUAAGUGUUAACAAAACCACGACUGGCUCUAACAACUGUAGUUUUGGCCAAAUGAAUCAAAUGUCAUUUUGAGAAUCGCAGCACUUAAACUCCUGUUUUUUGUAUUAUAUAUUCAGAUUUGUCUAAAAUAUUUUGAGAUCCCAAUAGAUACUGUAUAAACUGUAUGACCCGUAGCAUUUCAGUAUUCCACUGUGGGGCUUUUUUGUGUUCUCUUUUUUUGCAUUGCCCGAUGUCAAUACCAUAUAUCAAGAAGCCACACGUGACAGUUUGACAUUUGUUACAGAGCAACACGCAAGCUAUUUAUUCCUGUAGCCCAGGUUUUUAUUUUUAAAUCAAUGUCAAAUGUUGCCUCAUUGCUGGGUGUGUCAUUCUGUACAUCGGCAUAAUAACUAUGCUUUUAAAUUUGGCUCAACUUUUUUUAGUCACUGUAAUGAAAAACCUAACGUGAUAAAACACCCAAACUCUUGAGAUCAUCCAGAACGCGAUGCUUCAAAAUGUUUGCUCUACAGAAAACACUGAGUUUAAGUUGUUGUUGAAGAUUGCCGUUUGUUUUGUUUUUUUUCUGUGAUGUCAGAAAUCACAGCAAAGGAAUAACGCAGACUACGUACUGUAUGUGCUGUAUGAUGUAUGACCUGACAUUGCGAGUUGAAUAAAC